AUGUCCCCGCCAUCUAAAGUCGUGGAUGCGAACCAAGGUCUCGGGAGCUCAAAGUAUAACCCAGUUCUUAUUGAUUGUGGAGAGAGUCCAUAUGGUUCUCGUGAGAACCCUAUCUAUAUUGUAGACUGCGAGGCGAUUUAUGGAUACCCUAAGAGACAAAGCACUGAACCUGGGUCACCCGAGCCCCCUAUUCAUGUUCCUGCCCCUGGAGGCGCAGUUCUUGUCGAUGCGAGCGUGCAAACAGCCACCCCUACAUGCGACAAGAGGCCAAGCUACGUGGAUGCAAGCACGCAGACAGCUCCUCACGAAACACUGGGACAGAAUGGAGUUGGAGACGAGGCGCCUAACGAGUUGAAGAGUGACGAGAAUCCCCGGAAGAGGAAGCGUGUGGUCACCCCUCGAACUUCCGUACCACUUAAGUGGCGGCUAAGGCCGCCGCUGAGGCGCCUCCUUGACAGAUUCCAUCAUCUCCUUGUUGACGAAUUGGGUUUCACCUGGUCUAAAUGCUCCUCUUCAGCACUGUCCGGCUCUUCAGCACUGUCUGGCUCCUCUGCUCUCGACCCAUCUAGUUCAGAGAAGUUGAUUUCUUUCCUUUCUGACCGUGCUCUUUUGCUUCAUGUUGAGCUUGUCGUUCGGCCUCCAGUCGAGCUUGUUGUUCAGCCUCUAGUCGAGCUUGUUGUUCGGCCUCUAGUCGAGCUUGUUGUUCGGCCUCUAGUCGAGCUUGUUGUUCAGCCUCCAGUCGAGCUCGUUCUUCUGCCUCUAGUCGAGCUCGUUCUUCUGCUUCUCGUUGAGCUUGUUGUUCAGCCUCUAGUCGAGCUUGUUGUUCGGCCUCCAGUCGAGCUAGUUCUUCUGCCUCUCGUUGAGCUUGUUUUCAGCCUCUAG